AUGUACACCAAAAGGUCACCGUUGAAAGGAUCAUUACUGCUACUGCUGCUAAUGUUAAACCUGCUCCUGUCAAGGAGCGUGGAAUCUCUGCCCAUCUGUCCCAGUGGGGCUGUCAACUGCCAGGUGUCCCUCAGCGACCUUUUUGACCGUGCAGUCAUGCUCUCUCACUAUAUCCACUCUCUUUCCUCAGAAAUGUUCAAUGAAUUUGAUGAACGGUAUGCCCAGGGAAGAGGAUUCAUAACCAAGGCCAUCAAUAGCUGCCAUACUUCUUCUCUUUCUACUCCUGAAGACAAAGAGCAAGCUCAGCAAAUCCACCAUGAACAACUCCUAAACCUAGUGCUUGGGGUCCUGCGUUCCUGGAAUGAACCCCUGUACCAUUUGGUCACUGAAGUACGGAGUAUGCAAGAAGCCCCUCACACCAUCCUCUUGAAAGCCAUGGAGAUUGAGGAGCAAAACAAACGACUUCUAGAGGGCAUGGAAAAGAUAGUGGGUCAGGUUCAUCCAGGUGAGAGAGAAAAUGAGGUCUACUCUGCCUGGUCAGGACUUCCAUCCCUACAGAUGGCUGAUGAGGACGCUCGUCUCUUUGCAUUUUAUAAUUUGUUGCACUGUCUGCGAAGAGACUCACACAAGAUUGACAACUACCUGAAGCUCUUGAAAUGCCGGCUCAUUCAUGACAGUAACUGCUAAGCCAAUAUCCCCCUUGUUCUCCCCCAAAUAGUUUCUCUGCCCUUACUGAUCCCUCCCUUAGGGAGAUUUUUCUAGCUUUCAUGCUUCAUGAUAUAUGCUUUUCUGAAAUGGUUCUCCUAUUAAAAACAAAAACAAGUACUCCUAGAGAACUCUAAUUGGCUACUUCAUCUUAAAGACACAUGAAGCCAAUUUGCCCAAAUUCAUUGAAUGUCAAAUCAGUGGUAAAAUGGCCAUUACCUUCUAAUGAAUGAUUCAUGCUAGCUAUACCAUUAAAGGAUUGA